GUAUUCUUUCUUGUCUCGAUGGAUAUAUGAAUAUUGCAUUAGAGCAAACUGAAGAAUACGUCAAUGGACAGCUCAAAAAUAGAUAUGGGGAUGCGUUUAUUCGAGGAAAUAAUGUUUUAUACAUCAGCGCGACUAAACCUCGAGAAUAG